UGUUUUCCCUCCCUCAAACAGCUCCACUUUGAUCUCUCCUUGGCCCUGGCCAUUCAUGACUGCCUCAUACCUUUCUUUGGCCUCUGUGGUGUAAAUUCAGCGGAUCGCAUUUACAGAGGGCACCGAAUACAUGCUGAAGGGAGGAGUAGCAAAUACCCAUGGGGGCAGAGCAAACUGAAGGGGAGUUCAUGAACUAAAUGUAAAGUUCUGGCCCUCCUCCCGCGCAGGAAAUAGAGAGAGCUCUGGUGUGAAGUGUGCGUAACAGAAUAACAGCAGCAUCCAGAUUAAAGUUAAAUUAUGUUCAUUUGCUGGCUUUUAAUACAUCCUCAUUAUUUUUUUCUUCUUCUGACCCAGUACUAUAGUUGCCUCGGGGAAGAUAUGGGCUCAGGAUUAGGAGAAUGAUAUUGUUUCUGAGUGGAUCACAAUACAAAAAAAUUAACCACCUCCAUACAUUAUUAUGCCAGUUCCCCCUGUGGCACCUUCAAAGAAUUCCAGUUCUUCGAAAGACUGAGAGAACCUGGGAAAGGGCCUCUAGGAUGGCUUUUGGCAGCUUGUGUUUGACCUACACCCAGCGUUCUCAGUCUAUCAAUGUACCUGUGAGAUGGCUAUUUAGCUCACAUGCUACUACUGCUCACCUUGCUCCUGGAUAGCUUGUCCCCCUUUCUCCAGCUGAAUUUUACCAGGAUAAACUGGGAGCUCACUACUGAAAAAAAUUAGGUUUUUCCCCCUCAAAUGUGAUACAUAAAUAUUUGAUUGUUGUUCUUAAAGAGACAAUCAUCCAUGCUGAGAGCAUGCAACCAGUAAAAGGAUUAUUUAAAGAAAAUAGGAACAUGAAAGAGUUGUAGGAAUAAAAUAGGAGGAUCAAGUUAAUGAAAUAAGUUGAUAGUCUUAUCACAUAGACUAGUUCCACUGAUUUUGCUAGGAAUAUGUAAAUACGAAUACUGCACAACUGAUUUUUCCCUUCCAAAGUCUCAAGCUGGAUUUAGUCAAUAUUAUUAUUUGAAACUGAGGGGGGGGGGACCACUUUCAAACCCAUAAAUUCAUAGUCAGGCACCUGUAAGGGAGUCGUAUUGCUUGGCAUCCAAGAAGAGAGGCACUCAAAACUCAGUGGCCACUUGUGAAAAUUUGCCUUCCUGCAGCUUUCCCAAGGAGAUACAGGAGGUUUAUGUCAGAUCUCCUGAGUCCUAAUACAGCCACUUUACUACAAGGCCAGCCUUCCUCUCCUCAAUAUGAUCUUAGAGCUUGUCUACCUAGGGAAAUUUUCUGGGAUAAGGUAGGGUGGGAAUUUAAAGCACAAUAGCUCUUCUGAUCAAUUUCCUCAUAUAGACCAGCCCUUAUUACAAGUCUUUCUGAGAUUUGAGUACUGUGUUCUAAGUCAUUUAUUAUGGUAGAAACAGCAUGUAAUUGAGAAUAAUUUUUCCAAGGACUUAAUGGCAGUAACUACAGUAUGUAUAGUAAUCUUAAAAGAAAAGCCAGUAAAAUAUCUAGAGGAAAAACAUUUUUAACCCUCUUACAGAAAUACAGGGUUGUGCACCUAAAGAGUUGUGAUGAAAGCAAAAGAUAGAUGCCUCCUAACAUUUUCUUUUCCUUUUAUUAUCACUGGUGACUCUCAGACAAUACAUUUUUCUCUUUCUGUUGUACCUGUUGCCUUAUCCUCUUGUCUCUCCUCAGGGAACGUAGUCAGUUUUGAGGAACCUAAUGAAAAAAAGUAAACUCAUGAGCUUUAAGGAGUUGUUGGGAAAAGUUUAAAAUUUCUGUGCAGAAGGCACGAAAAGGUGUAUUAGCAUCCUCAAGUGGAUUAAACUGGUCUGAGCCCAGGAAAUCCUGCAAUAUUCCACCAUCAUAAUAGAUAUGAGAAUUUGUUCAUUACAGUGCAUUUCCCAAUUCAACACUGAACUGAGUUAAAACAACCCCAGAAAGGAACAAAAGGACACUGACCCUGGCCUAGGAAUAGCAUGAUCCCAGCAGCAACAGAAGAAUGUGGGUUUUAAGCCUUCCCCAGAACUUUGUCAGAGGGAAUAGGGCUGGGUGGAUAGCAUACAGAGAUCCCAGCAUCUAACAGAGCUGAUGAUUUUGUUAUCAUGACUUUUAAAGUUGCAAAGCACUGUGCAAAAUUACUCCAAUAGCUGGAGCUUUAAGAGAAACAAGCAAUUAUUGCAAGACUUGCAAUGAAUUCACAGGAGUUGCCAACACUGAAGGUGCUGUGACAUCAAUUCCCCCCCCCCACCCCAAGGCCAUCCAGCUCUAUCUGCAAUGUGAUGCCCCAGCCUGCACCACAUUAUGACAAUACAGCUACCAGAGGUUUCAUGGAAGUAUAGAACAGGCCCUGGGAGGGUCCAUUUAUAAGAUUGGAAAUAUCUGCUAUACCAAGUCAUCCGUCUGGAUGUGGAGGUCUUUUGUGAGAGAGGAUAUUCAGCAUUGAUAAACGGAUUUGUGGAUUUGCAUGGGGUAAAAACAGAGCCAAAAAUAAACGUCUGAAAUUGAAUCUCAGCACUUGAAUGAUGGCUCCUCAGCUGUAUACACAUGCUUUCAAUAUCUCUCCAGUAGAGAAUAGGAGAUUGUGUAUAAAUGGAACACCAUGGAUUUGGCAUCUCUUGGAAGAAUGUGUGGAAAAUGCGUGGGAGUACUGGAGCGUUGUCAUAGGACUGAUUUCCAUUGUCUGUUUUCUGUUUGCUGCACUACCUCAACUUUAUGUUGCUUAUCAGAAUGGAAAAGUGGACCAAGCACUCUCUCUGGGCUUUUUGUUAUGUUGGAUCGGUGGGGACCUUACAAAUUUCAUAGGCUGUUACUUAACAAAUCAACUGCCAAUUCAGAUUGUCACUGCCAUCUUUUAUGUUAACAUGGACAUAAUUGUGAUCUCACAGUUUGCCUACUAUAAGCUCAAGAAUCAGAAGACGACAAAAUGCAGCAUAAACCUGAAGAAUUUCUGUGUAACCUGGGUCUUGAUGUGUAUAUCAUUGUGUGUAAUUUUACCCAGUCAGCUACUGCUACGAAACCAAGACCAGAGCACUGUGCUGGAAGCUAGCAAGAACACUCUUGGUAUGAUAGAAAUGUCAGGCUUCAUUUGUGGCUAUGUAUCUUGCAUGUUUUACUUGGGAUCUAGAUUUCCCCAGCUGUAUAAAAACUUCCAGAGAAGAUCCACAGAAGGCACAUCUUACCUGCUGUUUGCAUUAGCCAUGAUGGGAAACUGUACUUAUGGACUGAGCCUUGUUUUAAAGAUGCCUGCAGCUGAGGCUCUCAGAAACCUCUACUUUUUGCACCAUCUUCCAUGGCUCAUUGGGAGCUUUGGAGUUCUGUUUCUAGAUAUUUUUAUGACUGCACAAUUUAUUAUGUAUCGCAAGCAGAACAAGAGAAGACCCAGUUUAGUGUCAAUGGAAGUGGAACCGUUACUUGUGAACGAAGAGGAUUCCUAACAUCUCUAUAUACUGUUAUUUUUUUCAAUAAAGUUUACAUUUGGAGGACUUGAAGAUUUUUCACAGAGUAAAGAUUAAAAUUGCAUAGGGACCAAGCUUAUUGUCAGUGGCUUAUUCUUUGUAAUAUUGUGAAGAUACUACAAAGAAAAUAUUAUUUAAUGUUUACUGUAUUGUAAGUGCUAAGAUGGCACAUGUAAUCAACACAUUUUCUUCUGAAUUACCCCAGUUUAGUCUUUUGUCUCUUUCAGUGUGUUGUGUUCUACAGUGAGGAGUGCUUUAGAAAUACCUAGAAUAUAUAAUCUCAUGGUAUAUUCCAUAUUGUAAAAUAAUUCAGAAGUGUGCUGGAUAUACUGUUGUAAUUUAAUGCAGAUAUUUCUCAACACAUUCAUAGAUAUUAAGACCUAGCAAGCUGUUGCGGCAAAACGUAGUAUAACUAAACUGUAAAUGCUAAGGCCAUCUGAACAUUUUUAAUCCUGUCACCAUAUGUAAACAGCAGGUCUGUAUUUAGUAGAUACACAUAUAUAGCUCAUUAAUGAUAACAUGGAAAUAGGAAGUCACCAGCUGAAAUUCACCCAUGUGCCACAAGUGCUCACAAUGCAUAUAUAUCACUUAAGGACAGGUUUCAGAGUAACAGCCGUGUUAGUCUGUAUCUGCAAAAAGAAAAGGAGUACUUGUGGCACCUUAGAAACUAACAAAUUUAUUUGAGCAUAAGUUUUCGUGAGCUACAGCUCAUUUCACCGUAGCUCAUGAAAGCUUAUGCUCAAAUUUGUUAGUCUCUAAGAUGCCACAAGUACUCCUUUUCUUUUUGUAUAUCAGUUAAGGUUUUUUUAAGCCUUCAGAAUAGGGUGGUGCAUAGGCCUUGUGUGGGCUCUCCAUUCAGGGCUGAAUUUCAUCCACCUCAAGAGGAGAAUGAAGCCUUUAAAUGCCUUUAAUUGAGUGAUUUUAAUCCCAAGGCCAAAUUCUGAAUGCAUAAGCACAUGUAAUGGGUCUGUUCAUGUAAUUCCCAUUAAAAUAAUUGGGAGCCUCACACACAGUCCAGUACAGAAUUUUACUCUGUGCAUUUGUUCUCUUCUUGGUGUGUGCACGUUAUUUUCAUUAAGAUAAUACCUGUUUAGUACAUGUUAUGUGGAAUGUACUUAUAAAUUACUGUAUAUCUACAUUUGUACAACCUUCCUCUCUUUUCAGCCUUCUGCAUACAUAUGGUCUAAUAAUUAGAAAUUAGAGAUAAAAGACUGACUGCAGUUUUUUUUCCUAAUGCAGUAUUACUGGGAGGUACGUCUUUAAUUUUAUAUACUUUGAGCAAUAUAGACAAGGAAAAAAUAAAUCAUUUUGUCCAAAAUGUGUAUUGAAAAGUAACUAAACUUUUUGCUGACAAAAACUGCCAUAAGAUUGUCAACAAAAGAAUUCUCAUCAUUUUAAAAGUCUAAAUCUUGUGUCUCUUCAUACGGAUUAUUCAGAAUUUUCCUUUUGUAUAAAUUCUGAUAAUGUUAAAAGGGACACUUAAUUUGAAACGUAUCCAAUUUACAAAAUAAUAGUUUCAGUUAUUACAUCUGCCCCUGCGUUCCCCUGCUAAAUUUUGUGGUUUUACAUUUUCUAAAUUUUAAAUCCUUUUCUGUCUUGUGACACCUGUAUAAAACGAGAAAAAAAAUUAACUGUGGGGAUACAGUCUGUACAGUAAGUGUUGUCAAAUGUACAGACUGAAAAUAAAAAAAUAAUUGUUCACCUCUAUAACCUUUCACUAGAGUUUAAGUAUUACUUCUAAAACCAUGUUAAGGAUCAAAUAAUUUUUAAAUUAAAAUAUAAAAUAAUCUCCCAUUGAAGUUGGAAUGAUCUAAUCACUGCAGCAGUAUACUAUGUGAACAUUAUCUAAAUUCAGUGACCCCAUUAGAGCAAGUUAAAAUCAGUCAUUAGUCCACAAAACCUAAGACUUUGCAGAUAGUAUUAUAAUGUUACACGUUGUAGGUAGCAUCAAAUAGCAUUGUAUGUACCGUAAAUAGUUGCAACAGUUCUAUAUUGUGUAAUACUGAAUGUGAUACAGUAAAUAUUGACUGGUCAAUGUAAUUAACAUAUCUUUCUUACUCAGCAAUAAUUCUAGGGUUUCUGUUUGUGGUUUUAAAUUUGCCACAACAGCUAAGAAAUGCUGAAGUAGUGAGCAAGUGGAAUUAUCCCACUGAGCAUCUUGGAAGUAUUCCUCCAAGUGCUUUUAAGACAACAUACAUAGGGAGAACCUAUUUCCCCAUGGUAUUUCUCCCUCCCACCCCACCCCCAA